AUGACCAAUGAAGCCAAAGAUAAAAUCCAAAAAGGCUAUUUGGUUCCCGACAACUGUCGAUUGUUACAAGCACCAAAAUUAAACGUGGAGAUUUCAGCAGCCGUACCCGAUAUGGUCCGGAACCGAGACAAAAAUCUGGCUGCAACGCAGCAACAACUCGGCCACGGGAUCGCUGCCGUCAACAGGGCCAUGGAUAUUCUAAUUAAAUGUGUCGAUACCAACGGAAUCGAAGCUAUGAAACACCUCAGCAACGGCUGCCGUAUUCUGUAUGACCUCCAUGCGUCAUCUACUCAGAGCCGCAUAAAACUCAUCACACCUAGUCUCGAUAAGACGUUCUUGCAAGUUAUUCAAGACACAGAACGUGAUGACACCCUAUUUGGUAAUAAAUUGUCCGAAAACAUUAAGGCAGCGAAGACCAUUGAAAAACAAGGUCUCCAACUCAAGAAAACGUCCCCUAAGAAACCUGCGCCGGCACAGCCGUCGACAAGUCGAGCUUCGUACUCGGGAAACUGGUCAGCGCCCCCUCGUUAUGCUUCGAACAGGGGGGGGCGGAGAGGUGCUCGCAGGCAGACGAAUUACACCAGGCGGACGUUUCCAGCUCCACAACCGGCCAAGACACGUGCCCAGGCACCGUAACGCAGGGACUGCCAUCCCCUACACAAGGGGCUUACCCUGGGGGUCGCGAAGCUCUGCAACAGUCCUUCAGUCGAAGAGGCUCUCCGCCAGAGGCUAUAACACUGAUGUUGGCAUCACUCUCCGACAAAACAAUACAACAAUACGAAGUUACAUAUUAGCUCUGGU